AAAGUUUGAUGGAUGAUAAUUACAAUUUUUCUUUUUUACUUUUUUCUUUUCUUUUCUUUUCUUUUUUUUAUUUUAUAGAAGAGAUAGAAAUAAAAUCGAAGACACGGCGGAUCGGGGGGGGAAGCGAUAAAAGGGGAAAGCGAGAGGAUGAUCGAUGAAGAUGAUAUUAAGGCAGAGGACUGAUUGAAACGUGGGAAAUGGCGAUUGUCGGGGCUAUUAGUGAGAUGAGUGCGACACGUUUGAGUGUAUGGUUCGCUACUGUUCUGUUCGUGGCUACGACUCUCGUCGAUUCCCAGGUCACAUGGACGCCGAUCUACGUGGGCACCUACAGUCAAGUGGACCUUUGGACGCAAACGACGAACGGGUGCGCGUGCAGUUUUAAUUCGUCCAGCAACGAAUGCGCGUGCUGCGUCCCAUCCGGAGGAUGCAGUUGCGGAGCCGCGUCGCCGGACAGAUGUGCUCAGUGCGGGUUGGAGCAAUACUGCGCCAACAUGUGCAACAUAACGCUCGACAGCAGACAGUUGUUCAGCAAAUCGGAUCGCGGAUUUGGCCAAAUAAAGUCGCCAUCCCUUGAAGGGCCAUCGAGGUGUACCUACAGAUUUGUCCCGGACACAGGCCAAAGAGUCGAGUUGCAGAUCUAUCGAUUGAUCUCUAUAGGACGACACAACGGUACCGCAUGCGAGGGUGGUUGGCUGCAGCUCGAAGGAGGUGGACGAGUUUGCGGCCCCAACGAACGCUUCGAUCGACCUGUCGUGCUCUUCUCCGACAAAUCAGUCCCUAUACUCCACAUGCAGAUAAACGAGAGCACGACGAGGUCCCAAUUCCUCGCGUACUUCAGUUUCUCGUCGAAGGCGAGCGUGUCCGUUGGUUGGCCGGUAAGAGGCGGAGAAUCGAAGAACAACACCGAAUGCGACUGGAUUUACAACGACACCGAUUGCCUGGAUGGAUGCGUGUUGGCCAGCCCCGGAUAUCCUGGCCUAUAUCCACCCAACAUUCGGUGCCUCUACUCAAUUACUUCCGGUCCCCGGAUGUCCAUCGCGAUUAACUUCACUGCUGUACUUUUGCCCGAGAAGCACUGCACGAGCGACUACAUAGCCGUAUACUCGGGUUCAACAACGUCGAGUCCCCUCCUGAAGAUGCUCUGCUUCAAGAACAAAACGUCGUUGACGUACAGCGGCCGGAAACUGUUGGUCGAGUUCAGAACGGGGCCGGAAGUGCCGCCUUUCGAUUACAACGGUUUCGUAGCGACCCUUAAUUUUAUAGAAAUCACUACGGAAGCUCCGACAACCGUUACCACGGAUAUCACGAAUAAAAGUGUGGACACGACGAAACCGAUCAACGGUGGUGGUUACAACGUGAUGUACAGCAAUCGCGAUCUCCAGGAUCAUCGUAAAGAUCAAGGCACGAUAUCCGGAAGCUGUGACCUCGAGGUGAGUGGCGAGAAAGUCAGGGCUGGCCACCACGACACCAGAGGGAAACUCAAGUCCACCACGUGCAAGCUCGUGCUUCAUGGACGUGCUUACGACACUGGACACGUCUCGUUGACCAGUUACAAUCUCAGCGCCCAGGCUUGCCAAUCUUCGAUCGAAAUAUUCGACGGCCCCUCCGAAGGUACCGCGAAAUCCCUCGAGAGAAUCUGCAGUCCUGUACAGCGGCCUCCGCCGGAAUUCGUGCAACAAGAUACAUACGUCGAGCCGAAAAGGUACUCGUCUAAUGGCAGAGAUAUGACGGUCGUUCUGAAACGAGCAACGAACAGCCCCACCGACGAGGAAUACAUGGACGUCUCUUAUUACUUCCACGAUGAACGCGAGGGUGGCACUCAACAGCCGGCCAGCGUGUGCGACGUCGAAUAUUACGGACUCACGUCACCGGUGAAAGGUUCCGUGGUUCAUCCGGAUCCUUACCGAUUAUUCUCCAUGGAGAGGCCAAUAAAAUGCAGGCAGCACUUUAUCCCAGCGGCUAAUCAGUCGGUCAUCAUACGCGUGGAGAGCAGCUUGAAGCAGAGUCCAGAUAGCCCUUGCAAAACCAAAUGCGGAGAUAGCGGCUGUCAGUGCGUGAGCAACAAGACCCUAGAGAGCAUGGACCACCUUCUGCUCGUCUCUGAAACCGGUCACAUCGUCACCUGUCUCUGUGGAAAUUAUCAGGACUGGCUCCCGGUUGGUAUCCGUAGCUGGAUGCCAGUGUACAUCGAAUGGUCGAGAUCCUCGAAGGCAGGCCUCAAUUUCCGUGCAGCUUACGAGUUUAUCAAGGACACUUACUGCGGUUAUCACACAACGACAAAGCCGGAAGGCGAGGUGAAUGGCGGUGACUUGGCCAGCAGCGGCUUAAAGCUCAAUCAGUAUUAUCAACAGAAAUGCACGUGGAUCCUGAACUCCAUGACGGAUCGACAGCUCACCAUCGAAGUUAAAUCAACUCAGAACCGUCCCUGCACCGCGUGGAAUUUAACGAUACACGAGUACAGCAAGAACGGAGACCCGGCAGGGCCAAGAUUGCACACAUUUUGUUCGAGAGACACGUACAAAAAUUUCACCCUACCAUGGAAGACUAACACCGUGGUGGUUAGAUUGCAAGCACUAGGAAGGACAGCACCGGAAUACACGAUGAAAUGGCGGAGCGAGUCUGUAAUCGCAAACACGCACAAGAGCGGGCCGUCGCCAGCACCGAAUCACGUGAUAGACUCCUCGACUGGAAAUGGACUACUAGAAGCGCGAAACCUAAUUCUGUUCGCUAUACUAUUCGCUUACAUGGCCGGUUGUUGAGUCUACUCGACACACCGUGUCCUAUACACGUUCCUGUUCACAAUCAGAGAUAAACUGUUGCGAACGAGCCUAAGAUUUGUAUUAUUGUACCACACUGUGUGUGAACGAACUCGAACAUUAAUAUUAUCGUAAUGACUACGAUCGUGUUUCCUGAAAGUUCUUUCAGCGGUUCAAUUUUCUCCAAAAAUAAAAAAAUUUAUGGAUAGAAAUGUUUAAAGAGCGAAAUGAUUGCAUAAAACGAAACUUAUUAUAGAAGUUUUAAAAGCUUCAUGUUAGUUUUCAUAAAAUAUUACGUCACUGGUAUUGUGUGAAGUUUUCUAAAAGUUUAGAAGAGAAAAAGUUCGAGGAAAUAUCGUGCCCUUUUGAUGAAAUAUUAAAAUCAGUCGCCAUAAAAUUACCUCGCUUUUAAUCAUACGGGAACUGAAUAUUCUAAAUUAAAUAGAUUGCUCGAGAAUAAUUGCAAUUAAAUGAAAUUCAUUUCCAAUUCGUUUCUACGCAAAUAUUCGACAAUUAUUUUUUAAAUUGUAUAUUACUUGUCUGCAAUCUAUUUUUCUUUUUUUUUUUUUUUUCAUUUAAAAUAGAAUUUCAUCGUAUUGAACAAAGGGGAUAAUCAAAUGUGUAAUAGAGAUUAAUUUGCAAUCAUAGUUCUCGAGCAAACGAGCAUUGAAUGCUGAUCAAAGAACACGAAAAUUCUAAAAUGAUUUAAUCGAAAGCUCAAAUAUUUUUCAAUUACCGAUAUUUUAGCGUAAUUGUUCGAUAUUGUCACACGUAGAUGAAUAUUAACAAGGUUAAAAUUUCAUCUGAUAAAUUGAAGAGAAUGAAUAGCAUGAAAUCGAAUUUUGGAAUUCAACGCUCUAGUCGAAUUACAUAUAUAUAAAUAUACAUAUAUAAAAAAUGAAUUAAAUGCGAAUCAGAGAAAA